ACUCACCUUCCCCGCACUGUCCUGCCUUGCCGCCCACGUUCCCCCACCAUCUUGUGUGAAUACGUAAUCAUUUCGAAUCAAAUUUUAAUCCCAGUUUUGGGCUCCAUUUUCCAGCUGGGGAGUGAUUGAGGGGAGCAGGGUGGGGAACAACCGUCUGAAAAAGUUACAUAAACCUCAAUUCCAGGAGACUCUAGCUCAGAUGCGUCAUUCUCAAAUUGCGGCUCCAAGACCAAGCAACAAACCUCGCGAGACAACUGAGUCGACGACGCAGGGGGAGCUUCGCGAUCCCGCCGCAAGGAGGAGCACGUGUUUGCUGAACCCGCCCUCUGCGCGUGAGCGUGGGCGUGGGUGUGGGCGCGGGCGCAGGCGAACGGCUGUCGGUCAGGUGUCCUUGUCCCCUUGAGUUGCGCGGGUCGUGUUCGAGGGCAUGGACGACAGGUACCCUGCGCUUCGGCGGGCCCAGCUGCGUCUGGAUUUCAUCCACGCCAACUCCACCACUCACAGUUUCCUUUUUGGAGCACUGGCUGAAUUGCUGGAUAAUGCAAGAGAUGCAGGGGCUGAAAGACUUGAUGUCUUUUCAGUGGAUAAUGAAAAACUGCAGGGGGGAUUCAUGUUGUGUUUCCUGGAUGAUGGAUGUGGCAUGAGCCCUGAGGAAGCUUCAGACAUCAUUUACUUUGGACGAUCCAAAAAACGGCUGUCAACCUUGAAGUUCAUAGGGCAAUACGGCAAUGGUCUUAAAAGUGGGUCCAUGAGAAUUGGAAAAGACUUUAUUCUUUUUACGAAGAAGGAAGAAACGAUGACCUGUGUGUUUUUUUCUCAGACAUUCUGUGAAGAAGAAAGUCUUAGUGAGGUUGUAGUUCCAAUGCCCUCGUGGUUAAUAAGAACCAGAGAAUCUGUCACAGAUGAUCCCCAGAAAUUUGCAAUGGAAUUAUCUAUAAUUUAUAAAUACUCCCCAUUUAAAACUGAAGCAGAAUUGAUGCAGCAGUUUGAUGUGAUCUAUGGAAAAUGUGGUACUUUGCUGGUUAUUUAUAACUUGAAGCUUCUGCUUAAUGGAGAACCAGAGUUGGAUGUUAAAACUGACAAAGAAGAUAUACUGAUGGCUGGAGCUCUGGAGGAUUUCCCAGCGAGGUGGUCAUUCAGAGCCUACACAUCUGUUCUGUAUUUUAACCCAUGGAUGAGAAUAUUCAUUCAAGCCAAGAGAGUUAAAACUAAACAUCUUUGCUAUUGCCUCUACAGACCCAGAAAGUAUCUUUAUGUCACAUCUUCUUUUAAAGGAGCAUUUAAAGAUGAAGUUAAAAAGGCAGAAGAAGCAGUAAAGAUUGCUGAAUCCAUAUUGAAAGAAGCACAAAUCAAAGUAAACCAGUGUGACAGAACCUCUUUAUCUUCUGCCAAGGAUGUAUUAGAGAGAGCUUUGGAAGAUGUAGAAGCAAAGCAAAAGAAUCUUAAAGAGAAACAAAGAGAAUUAAAAACAGCAAGAACGCUCUCCCUGUUCUAUGGAGUGAACGUAGAAAACCGAAGCCAAGCUGGAAUGUUCAUUUACAGUAAUAACCGUUUGAUCAAAAUGCAUGAAAAAGUGGGCUCACAGUUGAAACUGAAGUCCUUACUUGGCGCAGGUGUGGUUGGAAUUGUUAAUAUACCCUUGGAAGUCAUGGAACCAUCCCAUAAUAAACAGGAAUUUCUCAAUGUCCAAGAGUAUAAUCAUCUACUAAAAGUCAUGGGACAGUACUUGGUCCAGUACUGUAAGGACACUGGCAUCAAUAAUAGAAAUUUAACAUUGUUUUGCAAUGAAUUUGGAUACCAGAAUGACAUCGACGUGGAGAAACCUUUAAAUUCUAUUCAGUGUCAAAGAAGACAAGCCAUGGGUAUCCCAUUCAUCAUACAAUGUGAUCUUUGUCUUAAAUGGAGAGUCUUGCCUUCCUCUACUAAUUAUCAGGAAAAAGAAUUUUUUGACAUUUGGAUUUGUGCUAAUAAUCCCAACCGCUUGGAAAACAGUUGUCAUCAGAUAGAACGUCUACCUUCCAUCCCACUGGGCACCAUGAGCACAAUAUCACCAUCAAAAAAUGAGAAAGAGAAGCAACUUAGAGAGUCGGUCAUAAAGUAUCAAAAUAGACUGGCAGAACAGCGGCCACAGCCUCAAUUUAUACCAGUGGACGAAAUCACUGCCACUUCCACCUGCCUAACUUCAGCACAUAAGGAAAAUACCAAAACCCAGAAAAUCAGGCUUUUGGGCGAUGACUUGAAGCAUGAAUCUCUUUCAUCCUUUGAGCUUUCAGCGAGCCAUAGAGGACAGAAAAGAAACAUAGAAGAGACAGACUCUGAUGUAGAGUAUAUUUCAGAAACAAAAAUUAUGAAAAAGUCUAUGGAGGAGAAUAUGAACUCUCAGCAGCAGAGAAUUCCAGUAGCUCUGCCAGAAAAUGUCAAACUAGCUGAGAGAUCCCAGAGAAGUCAGAUUGCUAAUAUUACCACUGUCUGGAGAGCUCAACCAACUGAAGGGUGCCUGAAGAAUGCCCAGGCCACUUCUUGGGAAAUGAAAAGGAAGCAGAGUCUGAAUUUUGUAGAGGAAUGUAACGUAUUGACUGAAGAUGAGAACAAGAGUGAUUCAGAUAUAAUCCUGGUUUCAGAUAAAAGCAACACUGAUGUUUCAUUGAAACAAGAAAAAAAGGAAAUUCCUCUUUUAAACCAAGAAAAACAGGAGCUGUGCAAUGAUGUUCUAGCAAUGAAAAGAAGCUCUUCAUUACCUAGCUGGAAAAGCUUGCUCAAUGUGCCGAUGGAAGAUGUGAAUCUAAGUUCUGGACACAUAGCCAGAGUUUCUGUGAGUGGCAGUUGUAAAGUUGCUUCUUCGCCAGCGUCUUCUCAAAGCACACCUGUCAAGGAAACAGUGAGAAAACUGAAGUCUAAAUUAAGGGAGAUUCUUCUGUAUUUUUUUCCUGAGUAUCAGCUACCAUCAGAAUUGGAAGAACCUGCAUUAAGUUGUGAGCUGGAGCAGUGCCCAGAGCAGAUGAACGAAAAGCUGAAAAUGUGUUUCAACCAGAUACAGAAUACUUACAUGGUCCAAUAUGAAAAAAAAAUAAAGAGGAAAUUGCAGUCCAUUAUCUAUGAUUCAAAUACAAGAGGAAUACGUAAUGAAAUCUCUCUGGGGCAAUGUGAAAAUAAAAGAAAAAUCUCUGAGGAUAAGCUGAAGAAUCUUCGUAUAAAACUGGCACUAUUGUUGCAGAAACUCCAACUGGGUGGUCCAGAAGGUGACCUGGAGCAGAUUGACACUUAUUUAGAAGCUUUGCUUAAGGAAGAUAAUCUUCUCUUCCAGAACAAUUUAAAUAAAGUAACUAUAGAUGCAAGACAUAGACUCCCUUUAGAAAAAAAUGAAAAGACUUCUGAAAAUUAAGUCAGAGAUGGUAUUACCUUUUAAAAAAUGCUAAUAAGAAAAUUGGAAGAUUCUUUUAAAAAUUUUUCUUUUUUGUUGUUGUUACUGUAAAGUCUAUUCUGUUUAACAAUAAGAAAUAAGAAAUAAUUUUUUUCAAAUAAGAAAAUUGUGUACUCUAGAAAUGGAGACCGAUUUACAAUUUAUAUAUUCCCUAAUCCAAUUAUCUAAAUCUUCCUUUUCUUUCAGAAAUAUUAAUAAUAUCUAGAGUUCUCUAAUUUUCAUGUGAGCUACUGAAAAAAAUGAAAAUGUCACUCAAGCUUAACUUUUGUUAUUCCUUAAAAGAUUGUUAUUGUAAUUUUGUUAUUCCUUAAAAACAUUUAAAAGCAGAUUUUUUCAAAAUCGAUAUGUGAAGGACUACAGAAUCACCUCCUCUUGAAGAUAUUGAAAAAGAAAGACAUAUGCCCUUUCUCCACUAUAGCCAACACUCAGUCAAGCAGAAAAUACAAAUCCCCCCAAAACUUUGAGACAUAGCUUAUAUAAUUUUAUUAUUUAGUCAUAGUAAAAGAAUAAAUCUCCUAAGCAUAAUAUGUAUACAUAUUACACAUAUGUAAAAAUUGUUGUUUUACAUUUACAUAUACGUAAAGAAGUAUGUUUUUACACAUUUCUUGAUAAGUGGUUUAUUUUGUUUAGAAAUGUCUGAAACUUUAGACAAAAACAAUAAAACAUUUAAUAUUCA